UCAGGAGAGGACUCCGUAUGACCGCUCAGAGUUGUCGAUGAGCGGGAGUCGCACAUGCCGCUGGUGUGAAGAGGAGGAGAAGAGGAGUCACGGAGGGUCCUCGGUGUCGGAGGCGGUGAACCACUGAGCACUAGACCGGCUCUGCUCACCUGACGUGUCCCUCACCUGUAACGUCUCUGCUGGAGGACUGAAGCGAGACCACCUGACAGACCUGGAGGAGCUUUGGCCAAAGAGCUCGCAUAUAUCUAUACAUAUAUAUCUGUAUCUUUACAUAUAUAGAGACAUACAGCCGAGUGAAGGACAUUCACGCGCUGAGAAGUGGACACAUCAGCCAUGGAGGUCUGUGCUACUUCCAGGAAACUUCCUUUGCUCUCCUUCACCUUCCUGUGCGGGCUCUCAGGCGUAUUAGCCCAGCUCCAGAUGUCCCAAACCAUGGAUGUGAUCAAGGGUCAGACGGUGUUGCUGAGGGCCACGUACCGCUCCACGACGGGCAGUGACCUGAGCAGCAACACCGUCCUGUGGACCUUUGUCUCCAACAACACCCAGUUGAUCAUCUCCUACACCAAAGACUCCAUGAUAGUGGGGGACUUCCAGUUUAAGGGCCGUGUUGGUUUCUCCAAUGGCAUGCCCUCGUGGGACGUGUCCCUGUACAUCAACAACACCCAGGAGUCCGACUCAGGACGCUACCUCUGCCAGGUCAUCACGUCCGAUAAAGCCUUCACCAAAGAACUCAGUCUGGAUGUGAAGGUCCCUCCUGCUGUUCCUAAGUGCUCGCUAUCAGGGAAGCCAGUGCGGAAAGGAAACGUGACUCUGAGCUGCAAGUCCAGUUCUGGGAAACCCAUCCCUAUGUACAAGUGGAUGAAGACCAGUCCCACCUCGGAGGUCUUCUUUUCACCCAUGCUCAAUGAGAAGACCGGCACUCUGAAGCUGAGCAACCUGAGCAGCAACAUGUCGGGGAAGUACGUGUGCACAGCCAGUAACUCAGCCGGCUCCGAGUCCUGCUUCAUCAACCUGGAGAUUGUCUCAUCCACCAAUGUGGGUAUGAUCGUUGGCGCCACCAUUGGCUCAGUGGCCGGCUUCAUCUUCCUCCUCCUCAUCUGCCUCGUUUUCCUGGUGAGGAGGCGGCGAGACAGUGAGGACGACAUGGCCAACGAAAUCAAGGAGGACGCUCAGGCUCCAAAGCGUGUGUCCUGGGCUAAGAGCGGCAUGGGCUCAGAUAUCAUCUCCAAGAAUGGCACCCUGUCGUCCAUCGCCUCCAGCCCGCACCACAAAGAGCCCUCCAACCACCACAACAACCACCACCUGCAGCACUACCCCCAGCGCCCGCCCUCGGACACCGCCUCCAUCAUCACUGCCACUGGCAGCAUGGCCGGCUACAGGCCGUCACGCCAUCACGGAGCCUCCACCCCCACCCACUUCAGCUACAACAACAACACCACCCUGCCACGCGGGCAGCCCGGCCCCUCUGAGGCCAACACCAACGGGGGCUCCCCACCCAGACCGGAGCGCUACGCCCAGCUGCCCCAGGCCCAGACGCUGCCACUGACCUUCAGCCAUCCUCAGCUGCAGCUCCAGGCCGCUCCCUCCCCUCCACCGCUGCCCUCCGGUGUGACCGCCUCUAACAUCGCCCGUAUGGGAGGGGUGCCCAUUAUGGUGCCAGCACAGAACCAGGCCGGAUCGCUGGUCUAACACCAGCCAGCGCUGGCUAAACAGUGCUGUUGACAUAAGCCAGUGGAAUAUUGCUGUUUCUGUGAAAGGGUCGGCUGCUGAUCCGUUUUUAAAGGGAACACUUAAACUACUAUUUAGCAAAGAAUUACAUUAGAUGAAAAUGUCUUAUUCACUUCUGCUUUUGUUUCAAGAAGCUUUCAUGGCAAGACUCUCAGACACUGACUGUUGACUUGCUUUAAGUAUACCUACAUCUUUUAUAUUCUGUAUGCACUGUAUACUGAACAUUGAAAACUGUGUAUAGACCUGAUUUUCAUACAUUUGUCCAGUGUCCUCUUUUCUACUUUACCAAUGCAUUUCUAAUUAUCUUAUUUUUUCAAAUGUAUCUUUUAAAUGUUGUAAAAUGUAUUUUGUUUUUGUCCUCCUGCUGAACGAAUGACUCAAAGUGAACGGCAAGUAAAUGCUCACUGGAGCCUUUGAAGAAAUGCAGAUGAAAUAAGACGCAGGUCUGCUGCACUUUGUCAUUGUUACUUCAAAAACUACCUGAAGGAGGACGCGAGCAGAACAAAAUAGGUGUAAGCACAUUAUAUCAGUACUGUUCAGAGCAGUGAAUGUUCAAAGGGAAGUCAGUGAAGCCGGCUGUAAUAUAUGAAGAUCUAUGUCGUAAUGAGUGUAUUUCUGCAGUAGACUUGUGGGAAAAAAGAUAAGACAACAAUAUACACAUAAUGGAAAAGUUUGCCAUUGCAAAAUAUCCUAAUCCUUUUCUGGCGUCAUUUCUGUCUGUGGUUCAGCUUAUAAAACGCUCUCAGACUCAAUUCUUCAAACACAGAUUAGUCAAAGCUCCUUAUUAUAUCGAGCACCAUUCAGAACUGCAGUGUGAGGACUUUGCUAAUACACAAGUCCACACUCGGGUUUUAAUAAUUUAAAGUUGCCAGUAGCAUUGACAUUGUAAAUAUGAUAUUUAUUUCCUGUUAAAUGCCGAACAGACAGCAUGGUGACCACAACUUUUAUAGAGGUAAUGUGUUCGCCUGCAACACUGGAUAGUGAACCAAAGACAUUCAGUAUGUAUCACUCCAUUACGUCGACAUGCUCUCUGUAUGUUGUGGUAUAUAAAGAGAUCCUAGGUCAGUUUUAAUUAAUAUACGAUUCACUGCUACAGGGUUCAGGAGCUUCAGAGAAAACAUCUUUCCCAUGUGAUGACAAUGAAAAGCUGAUAUGAGUUUCUCUGUAUGAAGAACAUAAAUAGACAGAUUCUUAGUAUGGGGAGAUAACACCAUCCUCCUUAAAGCUGGGGGAGUAAAGUUCAAACACUGUUAACAAUGUCUCCUUAGUUUUUAUAUUUCUUUUAUUGCAGAGUCACAACUGUAUCCAAACAUUGUGACAUUCUUUCAUCUUAUUCUGUCCACUUCUUAGUCACACAAAUGCCUAAAUAUAGAUAAAUAUCAUCUGGAUUUUAAAACGUAUUUACUUUAUGUAUAAUGAUAGUGAUCUACAUCACCAUCUACUGCUGUUUUGUCACUACACUGGAGCAUAGGUUUGUUUUUCUUUUUCUUAGUGUGCACAGCAAGAGCAACAACCAUAUUCAAAUGGAUCAUGUGAAAUUCAAUGAUGCUGAAAGAAAGGGCCGGAGCUUCUUUGACAGACUCACACUGAGUAUUAUUGUCUGUUCAACAGGAGCUUGGCAGGAAAGUGACAGCGAUCACAGCUGCGGGGAAAGACUUAGAUGUUGAAAGUGUCGAGGGAAGGCAGUUUGAUGAGUAACACAUUUACAGCUACAGUUAAUAGACUCUGUUAACUGGUGAAUGGGUCAUUUAAAAAGUGUACAUUACGAAUAUGAAGAUGUAUUCAAGACAAACCUUUAUUUUUAUACAGUCACGUAUGAGAGCACAUGAGCAGAGUUUAUAAGCAGUAAAUAGUUGCUAGUUUUAUGGAGUAAAGAAGUGUUCACUGUCAGUGAGUCAGGAUGGAUUGUACAACUACUGUGGACAAACGUGCUUAUUUAUACUGUGGACAUGAAUGUGCAGCGUGCACUUGUAUCCUCCAUAUUUAUGUUCAUGGAAAAUGCUUUGUAUGCUAUUUUCAAUUAAACUACAAAUGAUCAGA